AUGCUACUUCCCAUGAUCCACUCCUGGAUUUACAACAUGGCGACCAGAGUCACUAUGGAGGCAUUUAGACUGCUUACAUCAUCCAGAGCGUGUACUUAUCGAUUUUAUGGCAGUCUCAGGUACGAUCUCAAGCUGGAGCGUUAAAAUUAAUGCAAAAGAGUUUCAUGACGUAAUUGACAUUUGUUUUUCUAGUUGCACGUGGUGUGUGUCCCUCCAAAGAUGGCGGUUCUGUACGCGAUAUAAUUCAACCUUAGCAGCUCCCUCGCCCGAUGAAUCGCCCAAGGAAUAUUCUGAAAAGAUCACAAAUAUUGUGGAUGAAAUAUCAAAACUUACACUCAUAGAAGUUGCUGAUUUGAAUGAGCUGCUAAAGGUAAAUCACUUUUCUAACAAUUUUUAAAUUGAAUUUUUAGGGAUGCUUGUAAUUAUUUUUGAUUCUUAUUAAAAUAAUUUUCGGCGAUAGCCUAGAAAUACAGAUUUUCAUAGAUUUCCGUUGAGAGUUUCCUAUCGUUAUUGUUGUAAGUAUAAAAAAUGAUAAAAAUCUUUAAUUGGUACCCUUUAACCCAAUAUCUGUUUGUUAAUUCUCUCCUCUAGCUGCUACACAUUUCCUUGUAAAUUAGUUGCAAGAAUUUGGUGUUAGAUCAAGAAAACAAAUUCUACUGGAUACAUUUGAAUACUCAUUACCAGUUUGCUAAAUAGUGGACAGAUAUUUUAGGGAGAAGUUACAUGUGAAUCACUUCUGGGAGUUAAAGGGUUAAUUAAACUGGCUCAAGACUCAAGCUCUUUUGGAGAUUUUUUGCUUACGACAAAGGCAUGGUUUAUCUCAAAAUGAUAAAAUUAAAAUAAGAGGCUGACUGUGUUCGUCUAUGAGAUAAUCAAAGUUACAUCACUUGUGAAUCUCUGGCCAUUAGUAAAUUUUGCCAUCAUUUUGGAGUUUAAGUUUCAUUUAAAAAAUAGUUAAUUUAUGUGAUUUGUUUACCCUCCACAAAAUCAACAGCAUAAAGUUCAAGCAAAUAGAUAAAAGGGUAAACAUUCAAAUAGAACUUAAAAAGGUUAUUAUAUACCCAGGCAACUGGCUAGCCUGUGUAGUAAUCCUUUCUGUAUCAUUUCAUCCAAGCAGGAUAAGCUCCAGUGGAGGAGGAGGGUUUUGUGGGAUUGGGAUGUGCUUGGGCUAAAAUGAAACAUUAAACACUGCUAUGCAGGCUACUGACCUUUGGGGGACAAAUUAGUUGAAGUUCACUUUUAUUUGGUCUUUCAGAAAACACUCAAAAUAGAGGGUGCUCCAAUGAUGCCAAUGAUGGGAGCUAUGCCUGUUGCAGCUGCACCAGCCCAGGUGACUUGCCAAAUCACAUAUGUCAUUGUAAUCUUUAAUUAUUGGGUAAAUAUUUCUAAUUGAAUUGGGGUUCUCUGGCCAAAAAAACCUUACCUCAGGGGUUUCCCACGGUGGAAGAAACCAUUUUUAUCCACAGAACUCUUUAGAAUUGAAAUACAGUAUAUUGUGUUUUGUAUACUAAGUAAUGUUAUCCCUAUUUUAAUAAGUUUCAUAUUGUGAUCAUUUUCACAUGACCCCACAAGCUUUGAUCCUAUCAUGUUUAAAUAAAGGAUACAUUAUUACUUUAGUUUUUUUACUGGGGCUUAACUCUUCAAUUCCCAUCAGUGACCAAGAUAGAAUUUCUCUCUACAAUUUUGAUGCAAUAUCAAGCUGAAAAGUGAUGAGAAUAAAGAAAAAUAUCAAUCAGGGGAUUAUUAGUGGAUCCAAUACUAAAUUCUCCAAACUAACAUCAUAAGAUUUGUAAAGCAGUCUGUAAGGAAAAUUAUCAAUGAACUCUUAGUAGUGAAAGAGUUUAAAACAAUUUUCAUUUGUUAGGAGGUAGAUGCUGAACCGGAGAGACCUCCUCCAACAGAGUUCAUCGUCAGGUUAACUCAGUUUGAUGCUGCAAACAAAGUCAAGUUGAUAAAGGAAAUCAAGAAUCUUGUACCAGGGCUUAACUUAGUUCAGGUGAAUGGAAAGUCUCCAUUAUCAGUUACUUAAAUAUAAACACAUGAUUAUAGAUGGUAAGAGUAAUAUAUAGAUUUAGCCAAGCCUAAAAGUGGAGCUCGCAUUUUUUUUUUCCCGCAUGUCUCAAGGGCACAACGCCUUGUCCCGGCCAGGACUAGAACCCAGGUUGUCCAACUUGGAGCCCUAGCUCUGACCACUGGACUACUGAACAAAGCCGUGGCAUUGGCAUGCCUGUGGUACAGUUGACCAGGCAUGUUAAAAGUAGCACCUAGUACAGUUGUAUGGUCAUACAGUCGUACGGUCGUACAUCCAAAUUUUUUCAGCUUGAUGGGCUACUACUAUUUUGUAUAAUUAUGGGGCUACACUCUGCGAGCUCCGCUAUUAGGUAUGCCUAAAGAAAUGGUAACUAAUGGCAGUGUUUUCAUGAAGCAGGUUGUCUUGCUUAACAUUCCUGAGGAUGUUUUGUUCACAGACUCAGUAAAGCAACCUAAAAGCGAUGGAUGAAAAAAGUGAACCAAUCUGAUGUAUGGUUAAAAUUUCAGUAAAAAUUAAACCUUUCCUUUAGUCUUGACUUGUACUCAAGAAUAAAACAGUGCUGAGGCAACAAAUUUUUUGGUAUGAAAACAUUUUUCAAGGUUGUUAUCAGGCCUAAACUGGAGAGUAACAUGUUUUGAAUUGUUUUCGAGACAGUUAAAAAUUUGUUUGUUUGAUGUAUGCCAAACUCCUUCAAAAUGACAUUUUGAAGUUAUAAAUUUUUUAGCAUACAAUAUCACUCACUUGUCCUUGAGUUCACUCAUAGAUUUUUUGAAGAUAUUGCAUAGUUCAAACCAUAGAAACAGAGCUGUUUAGUGCAAUUACUUGAAUGACUAAAUAAAUAUUACUUGGAGCUUGUUGUGACAACUUACAACCAACCCUUUACAGGUUUCUAGAUUUAACCCUUGGUUGUCUCUAUGAGUUAAUUUCAAGGGUCCUGGGAAAUGUCUCUACAAUGAUUAUUUCAUACUCUUACAGAAUUUGGUGUAAUUUUUGUCAUCCUUUUUUUUUUAGGCCAAAAAAUUUAUCGAUGAGCUACCAACAAAUGUGAAAGAAAAUGUGAGCAAAGAAGAAGCUGAAGAAGUAAAAAAGGCUUUGGAAGCUGCAGGAGGAACAGUGGAAAUAGAUUUUUGAAGCGUUGUACAAUUGGACUGAUUUGUUAUUAAAAUUCACUUUUCAGUAGAAUUAACAUUGACCACUGCUCUCUCUCUUUCAACUGUUAUGCUGAUGUUGAAGCCAGAAUACAAGAUUAUUAGAAGUAUAAACAUAUUGCCAUCACCUGCAACACAGCUCUUCUGUUUGUAGUUUUCCUCCCACAACUAAACAUUCUAAAGAAUCAAGAUGGUACACCUUAAGACCACAGGAGUGCUGUGUACAAAAGCACAACACUUUUUGUUUUAGUAUGUGAAAAACUUUACAGCUGUACAUCUAAAAGCCAAUUGUUACCCAUAUCAUGGGAUAGCAGUUAAAUCUGAGGACAAUGGGAUGUUGACCUGCACAUCAUAGCGCAACACUGUUUAGCCUUCAAGCAUUGCACUGAAGGUAAAGCUGUGCACUUUCAGCUUGAAGCUUUGUUAUUUGGAUAAAAGUUUUUUUCAUGCUUUUAAAUAGGGGAGCAAGUAACUAGAAGAUGGACUGCUGAUCCUCACUUCCAUUGAUUUGUCUUGUUUGGACAGUAAAAUCAUCAAUUGUUAUUUGUCG